AUGGAGUACUUGGAGCAGAACUUUUCAGAAGAGUACUGUAAUGCCGGAAUUGAAAAUUCGCUCUGGGAGGUUAUUUCUGACCGAGGUUCAAUCAACUCAUCAGAAAAUUCUUCAUUCGGAAACCCCCCUUCCGUCGACUCCGGCACCGCCUCCUCCUCCACCCUCGACGAUUCCCUCUUCGACAUCUUAUUUACUUGCCCAGAAACUCCAGCCGAAAACACAGCUGCCACAGAAAAUGCCGUCAAAACAGAAAACCCAUCUCCUCUUCCUUUCCUGACCCAGACUUCUUGUACCCAAGCUGGCGAAAAGAGGGCACCAAAUCAAGAAUUCGCCUCAAGAGUGACAAAAAAGCCAAAAUUAAAGCGCAUCCUCACUUCCACUCCUUCCAGCACCGUCAUCAAAAUCGAGCCAGCCGAGGAAUACGAGGAAGAAACAAGCCAAGGGAAUCAAAGCAGCUUUGAAGCCAACUCGCCGUCUCUCAAAGUGUCACAAUGCGUCCUAAAACAGCCGAAUGACAGAAACCUCUCAGCCCAAGAAGUAAAAGACCUAAAACGCAAGCAACGAAUGAUCCGAAAUCGAGAAAGCGCCUCCCUCUCGCGCCAGAGGCGAAAAGCGCAUCUGGAAGGAAUCGAAAAGCGAAACUCAAGUCUUGAAAAUGAAAAUCGCCAAUUAAAACACACAAAUGUCCAGCUUCAGCAACAAAUCCAGUAUCUUCAACGAGAGCUCCUGCAGCUCCGCCCUCUUGUGGCUACCUUCAAAUGA